GAAAGUGCAAUCUGAUUACUAAAGAAUAAACUCAAUUUUCUCGCAAAGAUGUUCGCGAUUUUCGUAGCCUUGUCUGUCUUGGCAGUUGGCUCUGAGGCCAAUGAUGCCAAAAAAUUCAUCCAGCUUUCUCAUGCGGUGUCAAAGGCGACGUAUAUGCCGAUCAGUGGUUCAAAGUACCUGCAAAACGGAAAAAUCACCGAGAACCCUUCCUCGACCAGGUUCGGUGCUCGGUGCCCGCACGGUUAUCCUGAAAUGGACGGUCUGAUUUGCUAUCAGCCAUGUCAGAAGCGAAGUGGCUGGGCGUGGGCCAAUGGCGUUGGCCCGGUUUGUUGGGGAUGUCCGACAAGUCAUCCUUCUGAGGAAGCAGCUCUCUGCUACCGACACUGUCCCAAAGACAAACCACAUAAAGGAGCAUUUAAUUGCUACGGGAAUUGCCCCAGUGGCUACAGAAACGAUGGUCUCACGUGUUUCCGCGAUGCUCACAUAUUUGGUUCCGACAACAGCGCAUGCCCAUGGUACGAUAUCUGUGGUUUGACGUUCAAAAGAGGAUGUUCCAAGUGUCCCAGCGGUUACAGCAACGAUGGCUGCACGUGCAGAAGAGAUCCUCAUGCUAUUGUCAGGCCGAGAUACAAUCGUGGGGUAGGAGUUGUGUUAAAAAGCUACGGUCGUGGAGCUGGGAAAGCAUUGCUGUUGCUGCCGAAAUAUGAAGCACCCUACGACAAACCCGCUUGCAGUCAGGCCGGAUGGACCGCAUCGAGUCACGUGAGAAGCGACACCGAAGUACUGAAGUUUGUGAAUAAUGGACAGCGGUUGAUUGUUUUCGGUUUCCGCGGGACAGAGGCAACAAGCUUAAGCGAUUGGUUCAAGAACAUCGAUUUCCAACCUAAAACAUUAACCGUCGGCGGAACGACCUUCAAGACACACAAAGGAUUCUUUGACCGAUACAACAACAUCGCGAGUUGGUUUGAAGAAGAGUAUCGCAAGGCAAUCGAAACUGAUUAUACUAUCGUCCUUACUGGUCACAGUCUUGGCGGAGCUGAAGCUACGAUUGCUGCAGCGUACGCCGCUGGAAAGUUGAACCGUCGUCCUGAUGCCGUGGUAACUUACGGCGCUCCAUUGGUCGGCAAUUCGGAUUUCGUCAACUAUUACAAGAAGAAUGUUGGUUGUGAUCGCACAUUGAGGUUCAUCUCCAAGGGUGAUAUUGUUCCGGGAAUGCCAAAAGUGUUCGGCUACGCUCACGUCUGUGGUUCGACUGAGGUGAAUGGUGGUGGUGAUUUCUUGCAAGCUCACGACCUUCAUGUUGGUUACAGGAAAGGCCUCCAGAAGAUGUAUGGUAACAGCAACGACAUCAAAAAAGGCUGCGAUCUGUCGAUGGCCGAGUAAACAGAUAUAUAACGGACAGAAAAUGAACGAUAAAAAUUAUAUGGAAAUGUCCAAUGUUGAUGUAAAUCAAUAAGGGAAAAUAUUAAGAAAUAGAUAUAUGCUUCA